AUGAAUAAUAUUCUUAUCGAUUUAAUAAAAAUCGAACCGACAGUGACAAAACGAAAGGAACCUGUUGAUGAUGAUACUGUGACUAUCAAUACAUCAUUAUCAAUCAAUUCAUCAACGAACAUUUCGAAUUCAACAGAUCAACGUUCAUCUUUAUCUCCAAUAUUAACAGCUCUAUCAACUAAAUAUACAACAUCAACUGAAAUUAAAAAUAACACGAUUCUUAUUUUUGCAAAUCAAUCCACUUCAUUGUCAUUAUCAUCAACAUCUGCUACAAGUCAAGAAAUACCGAUGACUGUAGCAUCUAACAUAUUGGUUAGUUAUCUUAUUGAUCAAUUUAAUCAAUAUCGUGAUAUUGAUAUACUUUCUCGUAUAAAACAAUGUGAUUCAAAUAUGACACUUAAUGAUAUAUGUGAAACAUAUUCAUUUGAUAAUCAAACUUAUUCAUUAAUACGUGAAUCAAAUGUUGGAUUUCAAUCAUUACAAUAUAUUUAUGAUGCUCUUAUUGAUCGAAGUACUGUACAACAAUUAAAUACAUUUUGUUCAACUGCUCAAUGGUGUUUGACAAAUUUAACAACAUAUAGUAUACGUUUUACUGUUGAUAUUUUUCGACAACUUGGACAUUCAUUUUGUUCACUUGAAAGUUGUCAUCAUCGACUUCAGGCACAUAUAAAGGCAUGUCCAUCAAAUGUGACUACGAAUAUAAGUCAACCGACGCUAGCAUUAUUGCCAAUGUUAUGUACUCUUUAUCAAGAACAACAGAGUUGGAAUUCAACUGAAUGUUCUAGGCAAGUUGUGUAUCUUCUUCAUAUUCUUUAUGCAUUUUGGCCACAACUUGAAACAUGUUAUGCUGUGAUUACUGCUGGUUCUGGUGGUUGCACGUAUGAAUGUCUAGCAUUCGACUCUAUUUUUCAUGAAGUUGAAAAUCAAUGUAAUGGAGAAACUUCAUUUUUAAGACGAGUUCCUGCUUUGGUUUGGUAUCAAUCAUUUAAUUUACAACAAAUGUGUCGUGAUGAAAUAAUUGUAACAAAACCUCCAUUUAUAUCUUCAGUAAAAAGUUUUAUUUCUUCAAAUAUGAUCUGGUAUCGAUUGCAUCAAAGACCUGUUCAUGCAGCUUUAUUUAUUAUUGUUGUCAUUUGUAUUGUGAUUAGUUUUUCUUUAUGUCUAUAUUUUAUGUCAAACAAUAUUUAUGAUUCAAAUACUCGACGUUUUGAUGAUGAUUAUAAAUAUACACGAUUACAUGAUUCAACAUUUGACCUUGGUGCAAAUACUGAAAUUUCAAAUAGAAAUUCAACAUUAAGUGGAAUAGAAGAUGAAUCACAAUUGGAUCUCAAUGAUAAUCUUCAUUCAUUAGAACAUCAACGAUUAUUAAUUUGUUUCAACAUCAACAACAAACAAUUAUUUUUAAUUAAAAUGACAAGUAAUAAUGAUUUUAAUUCAUUAUUAUCACAAUUACAAGAACUUGAAAAAUCAAAAAAUUAUUUAACUAUUGGUAAUACAUUAGAUCGUCGUUUUGAUUCAAAAAUGAAUGAUAUUAUUAGAAAAUGGAUAUCAAAUGAUAGAUUAUCGAAUGAAGAAAAACAAUUUAUUGAUUUAUAUUCUAAUCUUCAAUUAUAUUUUGUUGAAUAUUGUUUUUUUGAUUCACAAUCAACAAUAAAUAAUGAAGAUAUUAUUGAAUUAUUUCGUAUAUGUUUAUUUCGAGCAAAACAAAUUGAUGAUUUAAAACAAGCUGUUAUAUUUAUUCGUGAUGAACAACCAUCUAAUGAUAAUAUAAAUGAAGAAGAUGAAAUGUUAAUUUAUCUUAUGCGUAUGCUUGAUGCACGAUCACUUGCAUAUCGAUUAUGUUUUAAAGAACUUACUCUACCUCCAAGAAAUCUUAAUAAUGAACUUAAUUUAUGUCUUACUCAUCUUCAUGCUAAAAAUUAUUUAUAUAAUAUGAAAUCAAAUAAUAAUACAAAUAAAAAUAUGUAUAUAAGUUAUCGUCAUCAAUUUUUUAUUGGAUGUUGUACAUUUGCUGUUGCAUUAUUUGAUGAAAAUAAACAUAGUUUAAAAAAUGAUGAUAAUAAAAAAUAUAUUUGUUUACUCGCAAAAUAUAUUCGAAUUGUAUUAAAUAUAAAAGAUUUCGAACAAAAUAAAUCAUUUCUUUAUUGUCUUCGUGGUAUUCUUGCUUUACUUACUAAUUGUGUUCCAACAGAAAAUUGGAUGCAUAUUAUUAAUAGAGCAUUAGCAAAUCCCAAUGAUGAUGAUGCGCAACAAGCAAAUCCAUUUAAUAUUGAUCUAUUUUCUUUAAUAAUUGUUCGAUUAUUAGGAUCAAAAACUCUUCGCGAUAAAGCAAUACGAUCUGAUUCAAAUGAUAUUAUUUCAUUAGUUGAUGUAGCACUUAUAUUUCUUAAUAAAUGGUAUGCUACAUCAAGAGAUCUGGAUGAUGAUGAUGAUGAUGGUGAUGAUGGAAAUAAUAAUACAUCUUCGUUAUCGGAUGAACCAAAUCAAGUUCUUCGUUUAUUGCGUUCGAGUAUAGUGGUAGAUGGAAAAUUAACUACAUUGGUAGAUGAAAACUUGAAUACAUCACGAAAAACAAAUCGUAAUAAAGAUCGACAAUUAAAUACAUCUCAAAUAAUAAUUCCUUAUAUUGAUGCAAAAUAUGAUCGUAUUCGUUUAAUGGCUAUGUCAAUAUUAUCAACUAUAAUGAAUUAUCAAGAUUUUAAAGAUUUACAAGAGAAAAAACCCAAUAUGGCUAAAGAUAUAGUAAAACUUAUAUUUGAUUUUAUUGAUCGAGCAAUUGCUCAAGGAACUCUUCAAUAUAGAGGAAUAUCAUUCGAACUACUUCUUCGUUAUUUACUUCGAUUUCUUGUUCAAGAUUUUGUUAAAAAACAAACGAUUCCAUAUAUACCAAAAAUAAUUACUUAUGCAGAACAGCGUCAUUUAAAUGCACUUAAAAUUCUUCGUAAAAUUUCUUCAUCACCAGAUACGAAACAAGAUUUAAGAAAUAAUUCCGAAUUAAAAGAAUUUUUAACAACUAAAGCUAAUGCUUUAUUUGCUAGUGAUCCAAGAAUGAAAAAUAUUAUCGAACAAAUUCGUCAAAAUCUUGCACCAGAACACCAAGACGAGCCUUCAACACCAAUUGAUACUACUAGUCGACAAGCAUUUAUUUCCUAUUGUCAUCGUGAUAAAUAUCAAUGUGAUAAAUUUGUUCAAGCAUUACGUGAAGCCAAGCUUUUUACAAAUAUUUGGGUUGAUACGAGUUAUAUGAAAGAUGACAUGGUUGAUACAAUAACAAGUGCUAUUCGUCAAUCGAAAGUUGUUUUUGUUCUUCUUAGUGAUGAAUAUUGUAAAUCUGAUUUUUGUCGACGCGAAUGGCAAUUUACUAUUACUAAAAAAAUUAAAGUUUAUCCUGUUUUUGUUCAAGAAGAUUUUAAAAGAGAAGCUUUUGAUUGGGUUGUAUUCAAUAUUGGUCACAAUCAUUUUUAUAAAAUUUAUAAAAAUGAUGAAUUACAACGUUUAAUUAAGAAUUUACAUAGUGAUAGUCAUGAACAUCGAAAAUUAUCAAAUAAAACAGUUCGUUUAAGUAUAUCACAAACAUCAGUGCCAGAAACAAUAGAAACUAAUUCAUUAGAUAAAAACAAAAAUUCGAAAAAAAAAUCAAUAGCUAAUUGGACAUCCCACGAUAUUCAAGAUUGGUGUCGUAAAAACAACCUUGAAAAAUGGUGUGAACCGUUAGCUCAUUAUCAUGGGCAAGCUUUAAUUGAACUAAGCAGAAUUUUAGAGAAUGAUACAAAUCUACAACAUAUUUCCAAUGGACAUGAUAUUACUGUGAUGGAUGUAGUUCUAUUUAAAUGUGAACUCCGUAAAUUAUUAUUACAAAGAAAAACAAGACGUAAACAACCCAAGAAAAAAAACGUAAUAGAACAUCAUUCCACAAACAUAUCAACUAAAUAA